AUGGAGUACGGGCGCUUCAGAGAGAGAAGGGAGCCAGAAUAUCCGUCCAUCUUCGAGAUCUUUCCCUGUCAACCGACUCCAGGACCUGCUCCUCGCAUCAAGAAUGAAGAGAAUAGUAAGAACGAUACUCGGAAGGACGGCCGUGCAGAGGGCCAUGCUGUUGGGCGCGUCAAGAAGAGAAAGGCAGCCGAAGAAAUACCACCGUCUGAUGACCGCGAGCGCAAACACAAUGAACAGCGUCGCCGUCGCCGCAAGAGACGCGAUAAUAAACUGGUCGAAGCACCGCAGGAGGGCCCUGCUGGGGUCCACGUUAUUGGGCGCUUCAAAGUGAAUAAGAUCAUAGAAGAUAAUCCUCCGUUGAAGGAUCAAGACAGCGACCUGACUACAGAAAGAGAGAUUUUCCCCAAGGAACGAGAUGUAAUACUGGUCGAUGCGGCGCAGGAGGGCCCCACUGAGGUGGACGGUGCCAAGAUGGACCAAGAGGAAGAGAGAAUAGCUGAGUCUCUCGUGGAUGCUGUCAAGAUAGAACAAGAGGAGGAGGAAGUAGCUGAGUCUCUCGUGGAUGCUGUCAAGAUAGAACAAGAGGAGGAGAGAGUAGCUGAGUCUCUCGUGGAUGCUGUCAAGAUAGAACAAGAGGAGGUGAGAGUAGCUGAGUCUCUCGUGGAUGCUGUCAAGAUAGAACAAGAGGAGGAGAGAGUAGCUGAGUCUCUCGUGGAUGCUGUCAAGAUAGAACAAGAGGAGGAGAGAGUAGCUGAGUCUCUCGUGGAUGCUGUCAAGAUAGAACAAGAGGAGGAGAGAGUAGCUGAGUCUCUCGUGGAUGCUGUCAAGAUAGAACAAGAGGAGGAGAGAGUAGCUGAGUCUCUCGUGGAUGCUGUCAAGAUAGAACAAGAGGAGGAGAGAGUAGCUGAGUCUCUCGUGGAUGCUGUCAAGAUAGAACAAGAGGAGGAGAGAGUAGCUGAGUCUCUCGUGGAUGCUGUCAAGAUAGAACAAGAGGAGGAGAGAGUAGCUGAGUCUCUCGUGGAUGCUGUCAAGAUAGAACAAGAGGAGGAGAGAGUAGCUGAGUCUCUCGUGGAUGCUGUCAAGAUAGAACAAGCCUGUCAAGAGCUGGAGGAGGAGGAACACGAGAGUCUCCUGGGUGCUGCCCAGAUGGGUGAAGCAUGUGGAGAGAUUGAGGAAGGGGCAGAUGAUGGUCUCGUGGAUGCUGCUGAGACUGACCCAGUGUGUGGAGAUGAGGAGGAAGGGGCAGCUGACAGGGUAGUGAAUGAUGCCAGGAUGGAAGAAGCCCAUCAAGAUUUAGAGGAGGAGGCGGCUGAGAGUCUCAUGGGUGCUGCCAAAAUGGGUGAAGCUUGUGCAGAGAUUGAAGAAGGGGAAGAUGAGGGUCUCGUGUAUGCUGCUGAGAUCGGCGUAGCAUGUGGAGAUGAGGACGAAGAGGCAGCUAAGGGCCUCGUGAAUGCAGCCAUGAAGGAACAAGCCAGUAACGAUUUAGAGGAGGAGGCAGCCGAGGGUGUCAUGGGUGCUAUCAAGAUGUGUGAAGCGUUUGGAGAGACUGAGGAAGGGGCAAAUGAGGGUGUCGUGGACGUUUCUGAUAUUGACCCAGCAUUUGGAGAUGAGGAGGAAGGGGCAGCUGAGCGUGUAGUGAAUGCUGAAAGGAUGGAAGAAGCCCAUCAAGAUUUAGAGGAGGAGGCAGCUGAAUGUCUCAUGGGUGCUGCUAAGAUGUGUGAAGCGUCUGGAGAGACUGAGGAAGGGGCAAAUGAGGGUGACGUGGACGUUUCUGAUAUUGACGCAGCAUGUGGAGAUGAAGAGGAAGGGGCAACUGAGAGUGUAGUGAAUGCUGAAAGGAUGGAAGAAGCCCGUCAAGAUUUAGAGGAAGAGGUAACUGAAAGUCUCUUGGGUGCUGCCAAGAUGUGUGAAGCGUUUGGAGAGACUGAGGAAAGGGCAAAUGAGGGUGUCGUGGACGUUUCUGAUAUUGGCCCAGCAUGUGGAGAUGAGGAGGAAGGGGCAGCUGAGACUGUAGUAAAUGCUGAAAGGAUGGAAGAAGCCCAUCACGAUUUAGAGGAAGAGGUAACUGAAAGUCUCUUGGGUGCUGUCAAGAUGUGUGAAGCGUUUGGAGAGACUAAGGAAGAGGCAAAUGAGGGUGUCGUGGAUGUUUCUGAUAUUGACCCAGGAUCUGGAGAUGAGGAGGAAGGGGCAGCUAAGGGCCUCCUGAAUGCUGUCAUGAUGGAACAAGCCUAUAAAGAUUUAGGAAAGGAGGCAGCCGAGAGUCUUAUGGGUGUUGCCAAGAUGGAGGAAGUCCAUGUAGAGGUGGUGGAACGGGCAGCUGAGAGACCCUGUAGCCAACCCUCGGGUGCCGCUUGCAACCACUGA